GUGGCAAACAACUGCCACGCCGUCUCUCGUUACCUUGUCAAACGUGCCAAACGACUCAUUGAGAGAGCAGGACACUAAGUGUCUAAGCAUCUGCAGGGAUUGAGUCGCACGAUGUUGGCUCAGCGCACCUGGGAAGUAAGUCAUUUGCCGCUAAAGUUUUGUUCUUUUCAAGAUUUUCCGGGUAACAUCUUGUUAAACAUUGGAAACCAGCUAUCGGUCGAACCAAUGUCUGGGCAAACGUCGGAUCCAGCUUCAAUGCCAAUCAAAUUGACAUUUCCCAAUAUACUAUUAUUCCUUUCCAUACAUGUACCUCUGCUGAUGACAGCAUGCUUCCCGAAGGACAGAUUGGCCUUUCAGAAGGACUAAGUCAUCAGUUGGUUGCUUGCCGAUUUGUCAUUUGUAGUCAAGCAAAAAGCGAAUCAAAUCAAUACCGCUUACUCAUUGGGUACAUAAACUACUUUCGAGGU